GCUCGAACCCCCGUGACGGUCUGCGAAAAGAUCACCGCGGUGGCGGCCUGCGCCACGAGCAGCGGCACCAUUGACGGCUGGUCAUACAAGUACUACACCACCGGCCGCAAUUGUGACACGACCGCCCAACAGGAGACGAUCCACGGCGCUCUCUACCAUUAUCUGACAACCGUGGAUAAUGACAAGAUGUGCGGCACGCAGUGUCUGUCUCUGGACCAUGGCGGCACCUACGAAGGCUACCUGAAACUGGGCAAGGCGGCGUAUUUUAACUCCAAUGCGUACUGUGGCCCGCUGCUAUCCUUUGCCCAUUGUGCCUCUGGUGGAGUCAACAACUUCUGA